UGGGACAGUGACAGACAGGAUGCGGAAAAUAUCCAGUUGCUUUCCCGGUUCAUAAAAUAAAAAUCAAGAUUUUCUUGCUCAUUCUCAACACAAGUGGUUGAGAUCCAUAGAUUGAUGAAGCAGCGAUCAAUGUCGCCCAAAACCCUGGAUCCAAGGCGUGCUAUAGAGAACUGUAUAUUUCACUUGCACAGUUGGAGGCCAUUUCAGGUUCAAUCCAAAACCCUAGACUCCUCCGAUUCCGCUAAACCUUAUGCUCCCCAAGGCAAUGGCUUCUUCAGCAAACGCCCCUGUCGUGCCGAUCGAGCGACGGCGUUCCCGAUUGACGCCCUCGACAUGUCGAAGCUCAGUUUGUUCGACGAAGACCGCCCCUCCUUGUCCGCUCACAAACGGGAUAGCGGCAUCCGCUGGAUCGCUCGGAAGCGGCGCCGUCGCGGCUCCAGGUCGGUCUCCGGGAGAAGCAGUGACCGCAGCGGGACGCGUCUCAGGUGCUGCUCCGUCGGCGCAUCGGCGGCUUGUGGGACGUGCUCUGAUUUUCCGAUGGCGCCUGGGACGGAUUCGAGCGGGGAGCUUUUCGUGAAUGGGGAUGUGAAUUGGGCGUCGGAUGUGAGUGAGGCGACGAGGAAUUCCAGGAGGGAGAGGGAUGCCGAGAGGGAGAGUUCGAUUGCUGCAUCCCAAAUUGGGAAUAAUGCUGAAACCCAAGGUGGUAAUGAGUCCGGGUAUGGAAGUGAACCAGGGUAUCGAGGCGACGGCGAGAUAGGAUAUGGCGAUGAGUUCGAUGAAGAAGAAGAUGAUCAACGCCUCUUAUUCUGGGGCCAUGAAUUUGGAGCCUCUAAAGCGGAGAAGAUGGGCAAGAACGCAUUGCAGAAAGCUCAUCAUAGAUGCCGGCGUAGGAAGCAUGACAUCAAAAUGGUAGAUCUCAUGACAUAGCAAAGUUUCAUUGGCAAAUAUGUAAAGCUCAGCUGCUGAUGUCACAACAACAACACUCCAUUUGUUCUUGGCUGCCCCCAGCAUUUUAGUACAAUCUGGAAAGUUAAGGAUGUCUGUAAUCUGGAUAUGCAUAUGCUUCAGUGUGAGUGUGAUGAGAUAUAUAUAUAUAUGUUGUAUUUAUAAUGAGUCCCUAUUUAUUUAUUUAUAUGGUAUACUGUUGUAAUCCUUUGAAAUGUCCAGAAAAAUGAGAAUGUUUUGUUUAUGUGAAAAAAAAAAUACAAAAAUUUCAAAUGCCAAAAAA